AUGGCUCGUCGCUCAAGUCAAAGAAGUCGUCGUAAAUCAAGUAGUCAAAAUAGGGCUACAACCGGUUGGCGAAAGUUUUUCAUAGAAAAACGUGAAGAAGUUCAGAAACAGAAUCCUAAUAUGAAUAGUCGAGAAAUUAUGAAAAAGUUGGGUGAAAUGUGGCGUCAACGUGAUGAUGAAACAAGAAAUCAAUAUGAAAAUCAGAAUCAAAAGAAGCAAUAUCAAAAAAAUCAAUCCAAAUCUGAUGAAAAAUCAUUGGAAACUAAAGAAGAUAAAAAUAAAAAAGGUCAAUCUUCGAGUCAAAAAUACAGCCGCCAACAAUCGAAUAAAGAAAAUCAGAACGAUGAACUUAGUGAAUAA